CUCAGUUUGCAACAAUUUUUUUGUCUGCAGCAACCACCACAAUGAGCGGUGUCGACAGUCUUGACGCGCAGGGCUUUCGGGAUACCGGCGCUGAGGAGGAUGGGCAUGGCGAUGAUGUGCCUCCACCCGAGGCCCGCGCCUCAGCUGGCCGUUCCCGGGAAGGCCAGUCCCCCCCGCAGCGUCGUGUUGGAGACCGCGCGCGGUACCCUCAGCAGGUGGUGUUUCCCAUGGUGCCCCCAUUGUAUCAGCAGCAAUGGCAUAUUCCACCCCGCUGGAUGUACGCGCAGCAACCGCCGUUUGUGUACCCCGCGAAUCAUCCCGCGAAUCAUCCGCAGCAGCAACAGCAGCAGCAACAACAGCAGCAACAGCAAGCCACGUCCCAUGUGAUGCACCCGUAUCAGCAGCACCAGCACGUGACAUCUUCUUCAAUGACCCCGCAACAGCUGCCAUUGGAUGACUAUGGCAUGUCAACCGCGCCCGUUUCUUUCCGUUCACAGCAGCACCAACCGGUUGCGCAGUUGCUGCUUGUCGACCGAGAAGACGGCGAGAUGGAGCAGGUGUAUGCAGCACUGGCGCGUGAAACGCAGGAGCGGGAGGCCACCGAGAAGAAGCAUGAGGUGCAGCUACAGCAGCUGAAAGAGGAGAACAAGGCCCAGCUGGAGAGUAUCACAAAGGCGCACAAGCAACAGCUUGAGAAGCUCGAGGGGGAGCGGGAUGCUUUGCAGAAGCAGCUGUCGGAGCUUCAAAAGAAGCACCAGCAAGAGUUGAUUGCGCUGCGAGCGAAAUACGAUGCAGAGCUCGACCAGCUCAAGAAGGACCAUGCUCGCGUGGUGCGCGGGCUCAAAGCACAGCUCGCAGAGAAGGACGAGGAGAUCGAGGCGUUGCAAAAGGAACUGCGGAGUGUUCGGGCGGCGCUGCGGGCGCUCCAGUCGGAGAUGCGCGAUAUGCGGCAGUCCCACGAUGAGCAGAUGCAGGCCAUUCACGCCGAACUCGCUGCCACCCGUGCGCAGACCAGCCUCGUGAAUGCGCGGCACGUCGUAUCUCUGUUCCUCAAUGACCUGGCGUACUACCUCGUUGAACGGUGGGACCACGAGACGCACGGCGAUCUCAGUCACGUUCGUCACUGGAACGACAUGGUACAUGUCAAGACCGCGUGGCGCAGGAAGAAGGACGUCGACCGCAUCCAAGUCAUGGAGGCCCUUGAAGUGGACAUUGCACGUAAGGUGUUUGGCCUCAGCGCUGCGGACUUGCAGCGUCUCCGCGAUUUCAAGCAAGGCGCCAAUGCCUUUGUGCACCCAGGUGAUCUUAAACGCGAGCAGGCCAUCCAGUGCAUCGCUGAAUGUGACGCUGCGGAACGCACCAAACACCUGCUGCGCCAGUUGUGCGACAAGGUCACAUGGUACACGGACUGGUGAACUGUGUGAACUGUGUGCCAUUUUCCUUCCCUCUUGUUUCGAUGCUGGUUUUUUUAUUUGACCUGGGGCCUUGUGUGCGCUUGUGUUUGCAUGCAUAGUUGUCCCUGCUCAGUAAACGUGCACACCAUA